AUGGCGGCGGCGGCGGUGACGUCCAACGGCGGCGCGGUGGCCGCGAACGGCGGGCCGACGCCCGGCCGUCUGGCCUCCGUGUACAGCGAGGUGCAGACGAACCGGCUCCUGCACGCGCUGCCCCUCCCCUCCGUCCUCCGCUCCAACUUCUCCGUCGUCGACGGCCCCGCCAGCUCCGCCGCGGGCAACCCUGAUGAGAUCGCCAAGCUCUUCCCCAACCUGUUUGGACAGCCCUCGGUGUCGCUGGUGCCGGCGGCCGAGCCCGCGGCGACCAGGCCGCUCAAGGUCGGUGUCGUGCUCUCCGGUGGACAGGCGCCGGGCGGCCACAAUGUCAUCUGCGGCAUCUUUGAUUACCUGCAGGAGCGUGCAAAAGGCAGCACCUUGUAUGGAUUCAAGGGAGGCCCAGCUGGGAUCAUGAAGUUCAAGUAUGUGGAGCUCACUUCAGACUUUGUGUAUCCCUACAGAAACCAGGGCGGAUUUGAUAUGAUCUGCAGUGGAAGGGACAAGAUUGAAACACCGGAGCAGUUCAAACAAACUGAAGACACAGCCAACAAGCUUGAUUUGGAUGGACUUGUUGUCAUUGGUGGUGAUGAUUCAAACACCAAUGCCUGCCUCCUUGGUGAAUACUUUAGGUCAAGGAACAUGAAGACCCGUGUUAUCGGUUGCCCAAAGACUAUCGAUGGAGAUCUGAAAUGUAAGGAGGUUCCAACAAGCUUUGGGUUUGAUACUGCUUGCAAGAUAUACUCCGAAAUGAUUGGCAAUGUUAUGACUGAUGCAAGAUCAACAGGAAAAUACUACCACUUUGUGAGGCUUAUGGGUCGUGCUGCUUCUCACAUUACAUUGGAAUGCGCUUUGCAAACACACCCCAAUGCUGCACUCAUUGGGGAAGAGGUUGCUGCAAAGAAGCAAACCCUUAAGAACGUCACAAACUACAUUACUGAUAUCAUCUGCAAGCGUGCAGAUCUUGGUUACAACUAUGGUGUUAUCCUUAUACCGGAAGGCCUGAUUGAUUUCAUCCCAGAGGUUCAAAAACUCAUCGCAGAAUUGAAUGAAAUUUUGGCACAUGAUGUUGUUGAUGAGGCAGGGACCUGGAAAAGCAAGCUUCAGCCUGAAUCAAAUGAGCUGUUUGAGUUUUUGCCCAAAACUAUUCAGGAGCAACUUAUGCUUGAAAGGGAUCCCCAUGGCAAUGUUCAGGUUGCAAAAAUUGAAACCGAGAAAAUGCUUAUUAGCAUGGUGGAAACUGAACUUGAGAAGAGAAAAGCUGAGGGGAGAUACUCUGCACAUUUCAGAGGACAAGCUCAUUUCUUUGGGUACGAAGGAAGAUGCGGCCUUCCAACUAACUUUGAUUCUAACUAUUGCUAUGCAUUAGGCUAUGGUGCUGGUGCCCUUCUCCAAACUGGGAAGACAGGACUUAUUUCGUCUGUUGGCAACCUUGCAGCUCCAGUAGAAGAAUGGACUGUUGGUGGAACACCAUUGACAUCACUGAUGGAUGUCGAGAGGAGGCACGGCAAGUUCAAGCCAGUGAUCAAGAAGGCUAUGGUGGAACUUGAUGCUGCACCUUUCAAGAAAUAUGCAUCAAUGCGGGAUGAGUGGGCCAUCAAGAACAGAUACAUCAGCCCUGGCCCCAUCCAGUUCAGUGGCCCUGGAAGUGAUGACUCGAACCACACUUUGAUGCUGGAACUCGGUGCUGUGUUAUAG